CAAUGGUCGGAGCCAUGACAGUAGCAACUCCACUCCAUCCAAAAGAGGCAAUGACCCACCAGGUCAGUCACUCCUCAGGAAAACCACCAGUGGGGGUGACUCCAGCCUCUCUUACCAGAGAAAAAACACUUACGGUGAUGCUCGGCCGGACUCUAACCCCUCCCCUGGCACCUGGCGAGGCUCCACCCACUUCCAACAUAGCACCUCCCCAUCCAGAGAAGGCAGAGAGAACAAAACAUCUGCCCCUUCUCAGAGGGCCUCUGCUGUCACCUGGGAAACCACUAGGAGUAACAGUAAUAAGCAGGGUCUGGAGACUCGUAGCUCCUCCCCAAACACAAAAGGAUUGACCAACCGCAACCUAAGUCCCUCCCAUCAGAUGCAAAGGCACACCUCGUCCCAGAGUUCCAUGGAGUCCUCGGAGUCUGGCCAGUUGUCAGGGGAGUCAACAGAGAGGAAUAGGGAAGAGUACGCCAUGAUGGCCGAUCUACCAAAGGUCAAGCCUGUCCUCCAAAGGGAGCAGCAUCGUCAUGUGGGACAGACUCCAAAUCUACCCUCAGGGAGACAGGAGCUCUUCAAACCAGCAAGCCACUCCCUCUCCAAGCAUCCCUCCAGAGAGUGGCUAGAUGACUCAGGGGACCUAGAGAGAAACCACAUAGAAUGGCAUAAUGGCAGCAGUGGUAGACUGUCUCGAACACACUCGUCCACCUCUUUGCAAAUGCAGAGGCCCCACAGCCCCACUAUAGAGGAGGAGGCCAGUCCUUGGAGGGCACAACAUAGCUCUUCCUUGGAACAAAUGCAGCCCGACCUCCUUAACUUCAAGAAGGGAUGGAUGUCAAAACUGGAUGAGAAUGGAGAGUGGAAGAAGCACUGGUUUGUGUUGACCGAUGCUGGUCUGAGGUACUACAGAGACUCUGGGGCGGAGGAGAAGGAUGAUCUGGACGGGGAGGUUGACCUGAAGUCUUGUGUAAAAGUGUCUGAGUUUGAUGUAGAGAAGAACUAUGGAUUUCAAAUACAGACGAGGGAGGCAGUUGUCACACUGUCAGCUAUGACUGCAGGGAUCAGGAGGAACUGGAUUGAGGUUCUGAGGAAGAGUGUUCGGCCCAGCAGCUCUCCAGACCUUACACAACUGCCCGAGGGCAGUAGUGACAAGGAGAACUCUCGCUCCCUGGCCUCCACUCAUCGACCACCUUCUCGCCACGGUGAUGCUGGAUCAGAAAUCACCACCUCCUCUGUACGCCGAUUUGACUGUGUUGAGCUGUCACCAGUGCCCGUCCCCUCCAGCCCUCUGCCAGCCACUCAGAGAGAGGCAGGAGAGGGGCAGGGCAGGGAGCACGCCCAAUGGCAGGAGGAGAGGAGCAGAGAUGUGACCAGUAGCACAUGGGAGCAGGUGCUGUCGAGGAAAGGGCCGGGUGUAGGCUCAGACCCCAGGAUAAGAGCAGAGGAGGAAAUUGAGAAAAAGUGGGCAGAGUUUGAGCGGCUGCCACUAAAGGAGAUGUCACUACUGCCAAUGGGCUCACGGUCCAGCCAUCCAGCCAAUGAGGCGCUGCAGAGGGAGGUAGUGCGUGGAGAUGUUUUUCAAUUUGCAAACACAAUAAAUAAAUGCAAAUUUACUCUUCAUCUAGAUGAUUCACCUACAGAUGAAGCAGCAGCUGGAGCGUUUUCAGGGAGGAGGGUGUGGUGGGGGGAGGGUGGGGGAGGUAGCUGUGGUCGGGAGGCAACGUGCGGCCGCAGCCUUCAGGCCAUGGAGCGGGCCCACAAACAGGUCCUGGAGGAGCUGCAGAAGCAGCAUACCCGCGAGACCCGCGAGCUGGAGAGGGACAGGGACCGGGUGCUGAGGGAGGAGACCCAGGACACAGCACAAGUUAUGGAGACACUGAAGAAGGCCCACAAGGAGGAGCUGGAGAGAGAAGUGGAGAAGGCAAAGAGGCUUGGUGGAGGGAGUGCCAACACACAGACCCUACGCACACAGCAGCAGUUAGAGACCCAGGCCCUGCAGAGGGAGCUGUCUGGCCUGUCUGAGAGGUACUCCCAGAAGUGUCUGGAGCUGAACAGGGCUGAGCAGAGCAACGGGGAGAGGGAGAAAGACAUCACUCGCAAGGAGAGCGAGCUGGAGCAGCUGAGGAAAGAGAACCAGGACCUACAGGCCCGUUUGACAGAGGAGAUCAGCCGCAUGCACUCCAUCGUCACGGGCCAGGGGUCGGAGGGUGUUUCCCAUAACAACCAGGACAGACCGUCCUGUGAGCUGGAGGUUCUUCUCAGGGUGAAGGAGAAUGAGGUGCAGUACUUGCACAAGGAGAUCAGCUGUCUGAGGAACGAACUUCAAUUCCUGAACACGGAGAAGCAGUCGGCCUGUGAGCGGUAUAAAGAGGUGCACGGGGAGCUGAGUGGUAUGAAGCGCAGGAGUGAGCGGGAGAUCCAGAGCCUUAGGGAGCACCUGAGAUUGGCCAUGGUUGCCCUGCAGGAGGGCCAGAAACUAGGCAACAGCCUGGAACACUGAGACACCGCCUCAAGCGCUCUGCUCAGAGACACAGAGAGUUGUGUGGGCAUAAUGUUGACUGAAAUAGGAGAGGAGCAGAAGUCUUCGCACCAGAAGAUGCCGGCACAGGGGACCACGAAAGUGCCUUAGCUUUCAAUCAUUCAGCCGAUGAGCGGCAUAGACUAGUAUCAGCUGAUCGGUCAUAUUACACUGGGUUGAACAAAUUUUAAUCUGCACUUUUUAAACUUUUUUCUGUUGUUUAUGUGCGAGAGUGAGUGAACGAAAAUAUUGGUCUGAGAAACUGGAUUAUUUGUGUAAAGACUGUUGCUGUGAUGUAUUUGUGACCUGAAACAGCACUGGAUUACCCUUCUCUGCAUACCUACCUAAAUGUAGACCUACUAUUUACAUGUUGACAGUAGCCAACAUAUAAACAGUUGGUCUACAUGUUGGCUACUGUCAAAAGCUGAAUAAGGAAGCAGGAUAUAAUUCUCGCCAAAAUCAAAACUAUUUUCAUUUGAGCGUGGAUUUGUACAGACUGAGUCAUUCCAUGCCAUUUCAGCAAGCCAUGAAACCCACCAUCUCAAGAUUGUUCCAAAAUAGUUUCUGUAAUUGGCAAUGGGAAAGAUUGACAUUCCUGAAACAUUAUUUUGUUGAAACUUAAUUUGAUCUCUGAGAAAGGUAAGUGAUUGCACCCAAAUUGGCAUUUUUUUAAAUAUUUUUUUUAUAGGAUUCAAAGAUUCACAUAAUGUUCAAUAAAUAUAGUUCCCAUCAUCCGAUUUGGACCAAACUUCUUCCUACUAAUGAGUAAGACAUGAGGAAUCUAAUAACAUUGUCAAAAGCCACCCGCAAACUCACCACACAACACAUCACAUGCCAAUCCAACCCCAACAACCAGUAGACAGUAUUAGUUCUCUAUGUUUUAACAAGUAGUAUGAAGUUGCUGCUUGGAGUACUGCUUCUCCAUACUAUGUAAUGUAUUCCCUAUGAAUGGUGAUGUUUUUUAUUUUCUUAUCCCCCCCUGUUCAGAGAAAUUAGUAAUUGAAGUUACUUGCAUUAUUUACCAUAAAGUAGUGUGAAAGUACUAGGUUUUGACCACUAGAUGCCAUGGUCCUGCUAUACUGCCGCACUCAUCAAUUUUUCUGGUCUCUUGUGUUUAUUGAAUAGAUCACAACAUUUCCUUUGUAAACACAACCAAUAGAUGUGGCUCAUUAUGAAAAUACAUUGUGUGGUCAUCCUCGAUUUCAAGCCAGUCCUCUAUGAAAGCAAUUUGAGUUUGUCAUUUUAUGCUUAAUAUGUGUCCAGGAAACUGCCCCCUUGUGUGAGGUUUAUUCCCUUCAAAAAAGGUCUGGAUUAGUUCCUGUUAGACCAUUCCUGGUGAACAAAAACCAUUUAAGCUAUAGCAGGUCUAAUGGUUUCAAUAGUAUGGUCUUCAAUGGUAUAAGUCUCAAACAUACAGUGUAUAGUGUUUUGUAAUGGUAUUGGGUUGGAUUUAAUGCUAAAUUUCACUAAUCGCAAUGCUGUUUCCUAAUAAUUUUAUUGAAAAACAUGACUGCAAUGUAUUUUUUUAGGGUUGUCACAUUUUAGUCCCUAGCCCAUUUCUCCAUCAAAGUUUUGGACUUGUGGAAAAAGUAUUCAUAUGAGAAUUGCACCAUAGGGAUAGCUCUCUCAGAAAGCUGCCACUUAUUGGAAUAUUCAAGGAACUUGUUGAACAUAACUGAAACUAUACUAGAUGUUGGAGUGGUAUUGGCAUUUUUUGGGGCCUUGCUCAUUGGUAGGAAGAAGUUUAGUCCAAUUUGGGCACAAUCAAUUAGUUUAAUUUAUGAGAUCAAAUUAUAUAUAAACAAAAUCAUGUUUCAGGAAUGCUAAUCGUAUAUCUUACAAAUAACUACAUAAACAAUUUUAGGACCGUUUGAGACGGUGGGUUUCAAGCCUUUUUCUUGUGCUUUUUGAGGUGGAACGACCUUAAUGUUGUAUAUCAACAAUGGUUGCUCGGUGAUUGUCAUUGUACGCAUUUUACUUCGCAAACCUAUUUGUAUCUUUAUUCAGUGUAAUAUAUCAUCUUACAAUGUGGGUCUCCAUUGUGAUGUUAAACUUUAUAACAAUUUACCAUUGGGAUUGAUACAGAGAAAGUGGUUUGGUACUGUAAAUUCCUGGGAAGCCAACUUGGAAAUCACUCAUUCCUCUGUGUAGAUACAAGUCAUUUGAAUGUGUGCUUUCUGUUUCAUAUAGUGCCUUCUGUGACUGGAGAAUUGCAUGUAGAAGUUCGAUGAAAUGUCGUCUUGCAAAGAUUUUUGAUGAGGCUAAGAAGAUGCAUGUUGUGAUCCUUUCCCAACCUCCGAACAUUGUGUAGGCAUGAUUGUUUGUGCCACAAAAUGUCUAGUGUUGUGUCAAUGAGCCAAUGUUUUUUUUUGUAUCGUGUAUCUUGUGAGAUGAUAAAGAAGACAACUGUCUUUAUUUAAUGUAGGGUAUGUGAUAUCUUUGUAAAGUACCCUCGUUUUACAAGCAAUAAAUGCAUGUUUAUACAGCC